AUGAAGUUGUUUUGUGAUAACAAGUCAGCAAGGGACAUAGCUGAUAACCCAGUACAGCAUGAUAGAACAAAGCAUGUAGAGGUUGAUCGUCAUUUUAUCAAAGAGAAGCUUGAGAAGAAGAUUGUAUCAAUACCAUUUGUGGAGUCAGAGGGACAACUUGCAGAUGUUCUUACUCAUGCAGUAUGUAGCCGAAAGUUUGGUAACUCACUUGACAAGUUGGGCAUGUGUGAUAUAUAUGCACCAACUUGA